UGCCUAAUCCAAGGGGUCCUGUGCCGCACAAGGAAAUCAUUUUUACUUAUUAACACAAGUCAGAUGUUUAUUUUGAGAGAAAUCGAAGAAUGCUUGCUGAGGGCAAGAGCUCAUUAAACAUGGAUGAGAAAGAGGUGAGCACCUUUAGUAACAAGGAGAAAGACAGAGAGGGUGAUAGACGGCCCGCCUCCUCCCGGGAUAAAGUGAAGGAUGAGGCAAAGAUGAGUGGCAAGAAAGAUAUCGGUAAGGCCGCAGAGGAAAAGAGGAGGAGACUUGAGGAGGACAAAAGAAAGAAGGAAGAAAAGGAGCGGAAACGGAAAGAGGAGGAGAAACAGAAGGCAGAGGAGGAGCAGAGGAAGAAGGAGGAAGAGGAGAAGAAGCAGCAGGAGGAGGAGGAGAGGAAAGUUCAGGAGGAGGAGGCCAAGAGACAGCGUGAAGAGGAGGCAGCUCAACUCAAGGAGAAGGAGGAGGGUCACCAGCUCCACCAGGAGGCCUGGGAGCGCCACCAGUGCCGGAAGGAGCUGCGCAUCCGCAACCAGAAUGCCCACGAGGGCCGUCCCGAGGAGACCUUCUUUAGCCGCCUUGACUCCAGCUUGAAGAAGAACACGGCCUUUGUCAAGAAGCUGCGCACGCUUACUGAGCAGCAGCGCGAAGCCCUUUCCAAUGACUUCGGCUCGCUCAACCUCAGCAAGUACAUCGGCGAGGCGGUGGGCUCGGUGGUGGAGGCCAAGCUGAAGAUCUCUGAUGUGGGCUGCGCCGUGCACCUGUGCUCCCUCUUUCACCAGCGCUACGCUGAAUUCGCCCCACUGCUCCUCCAGGCCUGGAAGAGGCACUUUGAGGCGCGCAAGGAGGAGAAGGCGCCCAACGUGAGCAAGCUGCGCACCGACCUGCGCUUCAUCGCGGAGCUUACCAUCGUGGGCCUGUUUACGGACAAGGAGGGCCUUUCGCUCAUCUACGAGCAGCUGAAGAGCAUCAUCGGGACAGACCGCGAGACACACACGCAUGUGUCGGUGGUCAUCAGCUUCUGUAAGCACUGCGGGGACGACAUCGCGGGCCUGGUGCCUCGCAAAGUGAAGGCUGCCCGGGAGAAAUUUGACCUGGCCUUCCCUCCCAGUGAGAUCAUCAACACGGAGAAGCAGCAGCCCUUCCAGAACCUUCUGAGGGAGUACUUCACCUCGCUCACCAAGCACCUGAAGAAGGACCACCGCGAGUUGCAGAACAUCGAGAGGCAGAACAGGCGUAUCCUCCACUCCAAAGGGGAGCUGAGUGAGGACAGACACAAGCAGUAUGAGGAGUUUGCUACUUCCUACCAGAAGUUGCUGGCUAACACCCAGUCUCUGGCUGACUUUCUGGAUGAGAACAUGCCAGAACUUCCACUGGACAAGACUGUGCAGGAAGAGCACGGCCCUGGCAUUGACAUCUUCACCCCUGGGAAGCCCGGGGAGUAUGACCUGGAGGGGGGCAUCUGGGAGGACGAGGAUGCCAGGAACUUCUACGAGAACAUGGUGGACCUGAAGGCCUUCGUCCCCGCCAUCCUGUUCAAAGAUAACGAGAAGGGCAAGGACAAAGAGGAGGCUGCUGGUAAAGAGGCUAAAGAUGCUGCGGCCACCACAGAGGAGUUGGAGUUGGAGCUCGAGGCUCUAGACAUCGCUGAUGACCCUCUGGAGCUGGAUGGACCUGAUGAGGCAGAGAACGAGGCAGAGCUUGCCAAAAAACUGUUGGACGAGCAAGAACAAGAGGAUGAGGAGGCAAGCACCGGGUCCCACCUGAAGCUCAUCGUGGACGCCUUCAUCCAGCAGCUUCCCAACUGUGUCAACAGAGACCUCAUAGACAAGGCUGCCAUGGAUUUCUGCAUGAACAUGAACACCAAGUCUAACAGGAGGAAGCUGGUCCGGGCUCUCUUCACCGUUCCCAGACAAAGGUUGGAUCUGCUGCCCUUUUACUCCCGUCUGGUGGCCACCCUUCACCCCUGCAUGUCAGAUGUGGCCGAUGACCUGUGCUCCAUACUCAAAGGAGACUUCAGGUUCCAUAUCCGGAAGAAGGACCAGAUCAACAUCGAAACAAAAAAUAAAACUGUAAGGUUUAUCGGGGAGCUGGCAAAGUUCAAGCUGUUCUCUAAAACGGACACUCUGCAUUGUCUGAAGAUGCUGCUGUCAGACUUCUCCCACCACCACAUAGAGAUGGCCUGCACCCUGCUGGAGACCAGUGGACGCUUCCUCUUCAGAUCCCCCGACUCCCAUCUCCGGACCAGCGUCCUUCUGGAGCAAAUGAUGCGUAAGAAGCAGGCGCAGCACCUGGAUGCUCGCUACGUGACCAUGGUGGAGAAUGCCUACUACUACUGCAACCCCCCGCCCAUGGAGAAGACUGUCAGGAAGAAGAGGCCCCCGUUGCAGGAGUAUAUCCGCAAACUGCUCUACAAGGACCUCUCCAAGGUCACCACGGAGAAGGUGUUGAGGCAGAUGCGUAAACUCCCCUGGCAGGACCCAGAGUCUAAAGGCUACCUGAUCUGUUGCAUGGUCAACAUCUGGAACAUCAAGUACAACAGCAUCCACUGUGUGGCCAACCUGCUGGCCGGCCUUGUGGCCUACCAGGAGGACGUGGGCAUCCACGUGGUGGAUGGGGUCCUGGAGGACAUCCGCCUGGGAAUGGAGGUGAACCAGCCCAAGUUCAACCAGCGUCGGAUCAGCAGUGCCAAGUUUCUGGGGGAGCUCUACAACUACCGCAUGGUGGAGUCAGCGGUCAUCUUCCGCACCCUCUUCUCCUUCAUCUCGUUCGGGGUGAACCCGGACGGCAGCCCCAGCCCCCUGGACCCCCCCGAGCACCUGUUCCGCAUCCGCAUGGUCUGCACCCUGCUUGACACCUGCGGACAGUACUUUGACCGCGGCUCCAGCAAGAGGAAGCUGGACUGCUUCCUCAUCUACUUCCAGAGGUAUAUCUGGUGGAAGAAGAGUGUGGAGGUGUGGAGUGCGGAGCACCAGUUCCCCAUCGACAUUGACUACAUGAUCAGUGACACCCUGGAGCUCCUCCGGCCCAAGAUGAAGCUCUGCAUCUCCCUGGAAGACUCCACACAACAGGUCACCGAGUUGGAGAGGGAGUUCCUCGUUAAACUGGGACUGGCCAUGGAUGGACAGAAGGACGGCCGGCCCUCCAGUGCCAUGGGGAGUGAAGGCGAGGCUCUAGACGAGGAUGACGAGGAUGACGACGAAGAGGGAGGGGCGGACACAGAGGAACAGUCUGGCAAUGAGAGCGAGAUGAACGAGCCAGAGGAAGAAGAAGGGUCUGAGAAUGAGGAAGAGGAGCGGGAGGAAGAGGAGGAGGAGAACACUGACUAUCUGACCGACUCCAAUAAGGAGAACGAGACGGACGAGGAGAACAAUGAGGUGACCAUCCGUGGUGGCGGUCUGAAGCAUGUGGCAUGUGCUGAGGAUGAGGACUUCAUCCAGGCUCUGGACAAGAUGAUGCUGGAGAACCUGCAGCAGCGGAGCGGGGAGGCGGUGAAGGUGCACCAGUUGGACGUGGCCAUCCCCCUGCAGCUGAAGAGCCAGCUGAAGAAAGGCCCUGGAGGACCCGUCUGCUCUGGAGAGGGAGACGCAGGCAUCUCAGACACCAUGCAGUUUGUCAUGCUCACGCGCAAGGGCAACAAGCAGCAGUUUAAGAUCCUGAACGUGCCUUUAUCCUCCCACCUGGCUGCCAACCACUUCAACCAGCAGCAGGCAGAGCAGGAGGAGAGGAUGAGGAUGAAGAAGCUCACUCUGGACAUCAACGAGAGACAGGAGCAAGAAGACUACCAAGAAAUGAUGGCGUCUCUGGCCCAGCGGCCCGCUCCGGCCAACACCAACCGGGAGCGGCGCCCGCGCUACCAACACCCCAAAGGGGCACCCAACGCCGACCUCAUCUUCAAGACCGGAGGAAGAAAGCAGGAAACAAAGCAGGAGAGAAAUGAAAGGCACGAAAAGCGUGACAGACAAGAAAGGCAAGAGAAACACGAGAGAAACAACAGAUAUGAGGGCCAGGAGGCUAGGGCCCGCCAGCUCAGUCGGACACGCUACUGACAGACUGCAUUCUGCACUCAGGCCCUGCUUAUGUUAAAACCGGAAAGGGUUCAUGUCUCCCAACUGUCAAACAAUAUUUUGUUUUGAGUAUUCUGAUCAGAUACAGACUUGUCCCCCUUUAUUUUUGCACUGUUAAAGAAAAUAAAUCUGUUCCGCUUUGCAGGCACUAAAGUGCAUUUUCAUAUUAUUCUUCCUUAAAAGCUGUGAAGAUUCCUUUCUAUUUUUGGAAAUAAAGAUUUCCCUAACUUUCUAUUUUUAUCAGAACAGAAAUAGCUUGUGGUUCUUUGUCCUUUCCUCAUAUUUGUCUUGGAAAAGUGACAAAAUAAUUCAGAAAGGAGAUAUUUAGAUCCACGUCAACAUAGCGCAUCAUAUUCAUGCCUAACAUACAUUUGACAGAUGCUUACAUGAUACUGAUGGCAAAGUACACAAUUAUGUUUUUGAUGAAUAACACAACUUUAUUUUGGAUUGUCACUCACAAUUACAUUUUCUCACGAACAGACGCUAGACCAUUGCAACCUAUGGAUGGAAGGAGAUGCAGUAAUGAUGGAGAUGCUGAUUGGAGUCUGGCCGAGGGAGCAAGCAAAUGAGAGAGCAAGACAGGGCGAGCGGACCAUCGGUCUCGCCUGAGCAGGGAGUGAGUCCGCCAGCCGCCCACUGACGCAAGCGCAGACCCCCACACCUAACCCCGCCGCCGGAGGAAGAGAAGGAGAAAGGGCAUCAACGAGGGGUGGGGAAGAGGGGGGCACCCCCUUCACCCGGCUAAGGCGUUCCAGGGAACACCCCUUCCUUUCUGUGCGUCGCCCGGGACGACACCAGCACAGCAGCACAAACACCCACCCCGCCUGCACAAAAGAACGAAUCAAAGAUGAAUGAAAGAACGAUUGACCAGCUGACGGACGUAUGUACGGACAGACAUGGACGCAGACAAACAGACGCACGUACAGCUGGGCUGCAGGAGAAGGGACUACAGUCGUCUUCUCUUCGCUCCCGUGCAGGAUGAGGAUAUGGUGUACAAGGGCUCACAAGAGGAGGAGAAUACAAGAGGAGGACAAUGGACAGAAUGUGUCAAAGAAAAGGGGACGGGUGAGGGUGUAACAUCUUUGGAGAUGGACUGUGCUUCUCUUACUGGGAACAGAUCUGUUGUUCAGUCUUUUUUUCUCUUUAUCUAGCUAAAUCACACACUGUUCAAAGGCAGCUAGAUGGAGGAGGAGGAGGAGAGGGAGCACAGAUGGGGUCACGACUACUAAAUGACUCGAUAAACAAGGGAACAAGGAGGACAGGAUGAUGUACAGAAAGGCGUGGUUGCUUGUGUGAGCAAGGGUUACAGAUGUAGGAUCUUCAUUUGAGUCAGUUUGCUACAGCAGGACAAUAAUCCUGCAGCAACAGGAAAUGUGAAUUAUUAUGAUUAACGGACAAUUUUUGGUUGAUACAUUUUUGUAAAGUUGAAAUAAAAAACUUCAGAAGCCUUUUUUAACCUCAUACACUACAAGUUUUAAAAUGUACUGCAUUGCAGGAAAGUAAAUUAUCAUGCAGCAGGGUGAUCAAAUUAAGAUCCUACAUCUGUACCAUAGAGAUGGUUUGCUCCUCCUAACCCUGUUGGAAGUGGAACACCUUGUCACGGUGACGACCCUGACCCCGAGGCGGGUACGAGACCAGUGUUAACUGACCAGCGUUUCAUCAUCAGAAAUAAAAAAUAAAAUAUAAGUGAUGAAUAUAAUACAUAUUCUUUAUUUUUUCAGCAUUUUUGCUUUCUAGAUGUUUCCUUUAUUUUCAUGAAAAAUCUAUACUUUUUUGGGGUGAAAUACAGUUUGUUGUUUUGGAAAUUGUGUGAUGUAUUGUAGUCUUUGACAAAUGGAUAAGAUACUUAUCUGUGCCCCUAGCCUCCUGAGUCAUACUCAGUGAUGAUCAUUUCUGUUUGGUUAUUUCUGUCUGUUGAAUAUAUAGAUAGAUAAUCUGUACUGUACUGCAUGGGCUUUUCUGCACCAGCUCUGUAAGCCAAUUUCUGCCUGUGUUUCAGUAAAAGUGUCCGUUUGUGACUCA